CGUUCGGGGUCACGGAGGCUGCUGCUGCGCCCGCCCUCCCGUCGGGCCCCCGCGUCGAUUCACAAUCUCCCGCUUUGCGUUUCUCUCCCGGCUGCAUCCGGACGAAGAUGGCAACCGAUGGGCUGCACGAGAACGAGACGCUGGCGUCGCUGAAGAGCGAGGCCGAGAGCCUCAAGGGCAAGCUAGAGGAGGAGCGGGCGAAGCUGCAUGACGUGGAGCUUCACCAGGUGGCCGAGCGGGUGGAGGCCCUGGGCCAGUUUGUCAUGAAGACCAGAAGGACCCUCAAAGGACACGGGAACAAAGUCCUGUGCAUGGAUUGGUGCAAAGACAAGCGGAGGAUCGUGAGCUCCUCACAGGAUGGGAAGGUGAUUGUCUGGGAUUCCUUCACUACUAACAAGGAGCACGCGGUCACCAUGCCUUGCACCUGGGUGAUGGCGUGUGCUUAUGCCCCAUCAGGAUGUGCCAUUGCUUGUGGUGGUCUGGAUAAUAAGUGUUCCGUGUACCCACUGACAUUUGACAAGAACGAGAACAUGGCUGCCAAGAAGAAGUCUGUCGCUAUGCACACCAACUACCUGUCUGCCUGCAGCUUCACCAACUCAGACAUGCAGAUCCUGACAGCCAGCGGUGAUGGCACUUGCGCCCUGUGGGAUGUGGAAAGUGGACAGCUGUUGCAGAGCUUCCAUGGCCAUGGGGCUGACGUCCUCUGCUUGGACCUGGCCCCCUCAGAAACUGGAAACACCUUCGUGUCUGGGGGUUGUGACAAGAAGGCCAUGGUGUGGGACAUGCGCUCUGGCCAGUGUGUGCAAGCCUUUGAAACUCAUGAAUCUGAUGUCAACAGUGUCCGAUACUACCCCAGUGGAGAUGCUUUUGCUUCCGGAUCAGAUGAUGCCACGUGUCGCCUCUAUGACCUGAGGGCAGAUAGAGAGGUUGCCAUCUACUCCAAGGAGAGUAUUAUAUUUGGAGCAUCAAGCGUGGAUUUCUCCCUCAGUGGCCGCCUGCUCUUUGCUGGGUACAAUGACUAUACCAUCAAUGUCUGGGAUGUUCUCAAGGGCUCCCGGGUCUCCAUCCUGUUUGGACAUGAAAACCGUGUUAGCACUCUGCGAGUGUCUCCUGAUGGGACAGCAUUCUGCUCAGGGUCGUGGGAUCACACCCUAAGAGUUUGGGCAUAAUCCUCUCCCAGCGUGCAAGAAGGACACGUGCUCUCCCGUGUGGAUACGACCUCUUGAUGAGCCCAGGGCUUCCCACAGGUAGCCUAUGGGAGCAAUCCCAGUCAGCACUCACUCACCCGUCCAGUGUCUCCAUGAAAUCCGCCCUCCCAGGAAAUACUCAGAUAGGCCCUGGCUCUUCAACUGGCCCUCCAAGCCCUUCUUUCAUCUCAAACACUCUGUGAAGUUUUGUCCGUUUUUGAAGCUAUUCCAACCACCAGAAUUCCACGUCUGUCAGCAUUUCAAAUGUCCCUCAUUGCUUCCUUGAAUCCAGUCUGUCUUCAGAGCACUUUAAAGUCUACCUUUUCUUGGUGUCGACUGUGGUUUCUAGAGCCAUCGUCUGGACAUGCCGGCUAUAUGGACUGUGAGAGUGGCUAUUCAGUGGUCUGUAACAGAAGGAAAUUUCAGUUCCAAAUGUACAGAAUCACACAGAAUCACUUUUUAAAACUGUUUCUAGGUAAAAGUAUCUUUUUCAACCUGUUCGUUGUCUUUUUUUAGAUAGUAUGUUUUUGUUUGGGUUGAUUUGUUUGGUUGGUUGGUUGGUUUUGUUCUGGGGGAAGCUUUAGAAAUGAAAUGGACACAUGCAGAAAACAGGCUAUGUAUUUGACUUGUGAAAAAUGCAGUCUAGGGCUGAGCAUUCCCCUACACCUGAGGGGAAAACCAGUUGCCAUUCCUGGCACCAAUACUGCCAAGAGCAAACAGAACCUUCUGGCAUGGGAACAGGUCACUAAACUGAUUUAAAAGCCUGCUAGUAGUGUUAUCAGAAAUGCCUAAGAUAAUGUGUGUGUUGUCCCUAUAAAUUAUAUUCGAAUGUCCUGCACAGCAGCUGUACCGACACAGACUGAUGGGCAGGCCAUGAAUAAUAAUGUCUUUGCUACCCAA